AUGGCAAUGGGUACUGUGGCAUGGGUUUUCUUGGUGAUUAUGACAACAGUUUUCUGCACUUGCUCUCUUGCUCUCACCCAGGAUGGUCUGACGUUGUUGGAAAUGAGGAGCACUUUGAAUGACACUAAGAAUGUUCUGAGCAACUGGCAAGAGUUUGAUGAGUCUCCUUGUGCAUGGACUGGUAUCACUUGUCAUCCUGGUGAACAAAGAGUUCGCACAAUAAAUCUGCCGUACAUGCAACUUGGAGGAAUUAUAUCUCCCAGCAUCGGUAAACUCAGUAGACUACAGAGAUUGGCACUUCAUCAGAACAGCUUGCAUGGAACCAUUCCUAAUGAAAUUACCAAUUGUACUGAGUUAAGAGCACUGUACUUGAGGGCUAAUUAUUUCCAAGGAGGCAUACCAUCAAACAUUGGAAAUCUUUCAUAUUUAAAUAUACUGGACUUGUCAAGCAACUCUUUAAAAGGUGCUAUACCUUCCUCUAUUGGCCGUCUCUCGCAUCUGCAAGUUUUGAACUUGUCUACCAAUUUUUUCUCCGGUGAAAUCCCAGACAUUGGAGUGUUGAGCACCUUCCAGAAGAGCUCGUUUAUUGGAAAUUUAGAUCUGUGUGGGCGGCAAGUCCAAAAGCCAUGUCGAACAUCAUUUGGUUUCCCUGUGGUGCUACCGCAUGCUGAAAGUGAUGAAGCUGCAGUCCCUACCAAAAGAUCUUCACAUUAUGUGAAGGGGGUGCUAAUUGGUGCAAUGGCAAUUAUGGCUCUUGCACUUGCAGUAAUCCUUUCAUUCCUCUGGAUUCGUAUGUUAUCAAAGAAGGAAAGAGCUGCUAGGAGAUACACAGAAGUCAAGAAACAAGUUGAUCCAGAAGCAAGUACAAAACUUAUUACCUUCCAUGGUGAUAUGCCAUACACCUCAACUGAGAUCAUAGAAAAGUUGGAGUCUCUUGACGAGGAGGACAAAGUAGGAUCAGGAGGAUUUGGUACUGUUUAUCGAAUGGUGAUGAAUGAUUGUGGCACAUUUGCUGUUAAGCGGAUUGAUCGAAGUCGUGAAGGGUCUGAUCAAGUGUUUGAAAGGGAGUUAGAGAUCUUGGGGAGUAUCAAGCACAUGAAUCUAGUAAAUCUGCGUGGUUACUGCAGGCUUCCUUCUUCAAGGCUCCUUAUCUAUGACUAUUUGGCCUUGGGCAGCUUAGAUGAUCUCUUGCAUGAUGAAAAUAUUGAACAACCACUGAAUUGGAGUGAUCGCCUAAAGAUAGCUCUUGGUUCUGCCCGAGGUUUGGCAUACUUGCACCAUGAAUGCUGCCCAAAAAUUGUGCAUCGUGACAUCAAAUCCAGCAACAUCCUCCUUGAUGAAAAUAUAGAGCCUCGUAUCUCUGAUUUUGGUCUUGCAAAGCUUUUGGUUGAUGAAGAGGCCCAUGUUACAACAGUGGUUGCUGGAACAUUUGGUUAUUUGGCACCAGAGUAUCUACAAAGUGGGAGAGCCACUGAGAAGUCAGAUGUGUAUAGCUUUGGAGUUUUAUUACUGGAACUUGUAACUGGAAAGAGGCCUACAGAUCCUUCCUUUGUUAAGAGAGGUUUAAAUGUUGUUGGUUGGAUGAACACAUUACUGAGGGAAAACAAAUUGGAAGACAUGGUAGACAAAAGAUGCACUGAUGCAGAUGCAGGAACUCUUGAAGUAAUUCUUGAACUAGCAUCAAGGUGCACUGAUGGAAAUGCGGAUGAUCGUCCAUCAAUGAACCAAGUGUUACAGUUGCUGGAACAAGAGGUCAUGUCUCCUUGCCCAAGUGAAUUUUAUGAUUCUCAUUCAGAUCACUGCUAA